UUUUACUAGUAAUUAAGGCACAUUAUUUGUUAGAGAGAUCCCAAUCCCCAAGCAACCUAAAAGGCUAAAACCCUUCAAUCGGAUAAACCCUUUCACCUUAAACCCCUUCAGAGUUCAGAGCGCUCUCUCUCUUUCAGGGCUUUUGCUCUCAAGUUGCAGAAUGAGUUUGAUUUCGAAAUUGAGGCAUGUACGGCCUCCUUGUGUUAGGGCAAUUAGGUCAACGACAAAUAGACAUUUCACUCAAACAGCAACGUCUCAAGGCGAAAACGAAGAUGAAUUCGUGGAAUUCGACCAACGAAUGCUCCCUGCUGAUUAUGACCCCGCAUCGUUUAAUCCCACAGACCACCGUGCCCCUCCGACCACUAGGGUUUGGGGGCUCGUCGAUCAAGUGUGCGGACUCACGCUCGCUGAGUACAACCAGCUCUCCACCAUAAUGAUGGAGAAAUUCUGCUUCACAAUGAUGAAGAAGCUGACGAUGAAGGAGAGGUUCGAGAUCAUGGCCCGAAUCCAAAGUGCUGACGCGGAGGCUGCGGCAGAAGCAGCAGCGGGGAAGGGAGAGAAUAUGGCUGAGAAGUCGACUUUUGAGGUGAAGAUGGAGUCCUAUGAAGUAGCGUCGAAGCUUAAGAUAAUCAAAGAGCUCUGGACUUUUAUGGACCUCGGGCUGAAAGAGGCCAAGGAUUUGGUGGAGAAGACGCCUGCUGUUCUUAAAAAGGGGCUCUUGAAGGAGGAGGCGGAGAAGAUCGUUGAGAAGAUGAAAGCUCUCGGGGCGAAAGUCAUUAUGGUAUGAGCUUUUUUUUCACCUUUAUGAGAAUCUUUAAUGGAGUACGUAAGAAUUCCUGCCUUGAUUUAUGAUUUGUUAAGUUUUGAACAAUGCAUAAAUUCUGCUUCAAUUUGCUUCGGAAUAAAAAAUUUUAGAGUUGGUUUUUCUUUACC